UACCGCACUUCUUAUCUUUCUAUGGUUGUUUUAAUCUGCUCAUGGAGUCCCCAGGUAGCAUAACCUCAAGAAAAAUGGUACAAACACUGGAAGAUAACAAUAGCAUGACUGAAAUCAAUAUACAAAGGAUAAAAAGCUUUGAAACAAAAACAAGACUUGAAUCAGGAGAAGCAAUACGCAGAACAAAGUCGUUAAGCUCCAAAUGCUUGAUUAAUAUAAAUGAACUUGUUAGAGUUGCUUCUGGGACCUUUGAUGAUGAGACAGGUUCCUUCCCUAGCAGGACUUCUAGCAAUGAGUCUAUCCUAGGAGCCACUUUUCCUUUAGACAAAUCCUCAGAUAAUGCAACAAGUCAAGAAAAUUCAGAUUCCAGCAGUUGGAGUAAAACACAGAUUGAACCCUCAUUACCAAUAUGUCUAAAGUUUGAAGAUGUCAAAUACAAGGUUCCUACAAAGAAUAUGAAGAGUUCAGGUUCAGAAAAGUACAUACUGGAGAGUGGAACCAUCACUUACAACGACCAGCCAUAUACCAGGUCACUAAAGCGCAGGAUUGGUUUUGUGAUGCAAGAUGAUGUUGCCUUUCCUCACCUUACUGUCAAAGAAACUCUAACAUAUGCUGCUCUACUCCAUCUCCCCAGUACCUUAACCUUGCAGCAGAAGAAAGGAAGAGCCAUGGAUGUCCUUAAUGAACUAGGCCUUGAAAGGAUAAGGGUCUAUAUUGGCACUGAAAUCGUGCUUAACCCAUCACUUCUGUUCUUAGACGAGCCAACCUCAGGUCUGGAUUCAACAACAGCUCUCUGGAUUGUUCAGAUGCUACAGGACAUUGCAAAGUCUGGAAAGACAGUGGUGACAACAAUACAUCAGCCAUCUAGCAGACUCUUCAGUAUGUUUGACAAGCUCAUCCUCUUAGGUAAAAGCAGCUCCCUGUACUUUGGAAAAGCCUCUGAAGCAAUGAUGUAUGUUCUCUUCAAUUGGGUGUUCUCCACUCAUGCCAUGAAUCCAGCAGAGUUUCUUAUUGAUCUUGCAAACGGAAACUUAAAUGACAAAUCAGUUCCUUUGGAAUUGGAGGACAUAACCAGUCCUGGAGAGGAUAAAGGGCCUUCUGCGGUUUUAGUCGAUGAGGGUUUCUUUCCUCUAUUCACUUCCAUCUUCAUAUUCCCUCAAGAGAGAGCAAUGCUAGUCAAGGAAAGAUCUGUUGGGAUGUAUAAACUCAGUGCAUAUUUUGUCGCCAGAAACAUCAUUGAUCUCCCCUUAGAUUUAACUUUGCCUAUAGUCAUUGUAGCUGCCCAGGGACUUGGACUUGCCAUAGGUGCAGCAUGCAAGGAUUUAAAGAAGGCAACAAUAUUAGCUUCUGUUAUUGUUACGACCUUCAUGUUAGCUGGCGGAUUCUUUGAGGAAGUUCCUCCAUUCAUGUCAUGGGCACGAUACGUCUCCUUCACCUAUCACACAUACAGACUGCUUCUGAGAAUUCAGUAUGGUUGCUCUGGUUCAGAUCCCAAAUCAAGUUCCUGUAAAUCUCCAUUCAGGGGACUUAAACUUGAUCGGCCUGGAAUAGAAAUCAGUGCUAUUAUAGCAAUGAUUAUUGGAUACCGGCUUCUGGCCUACAUAAUCUUAGGGAGAAUGAAACUAAGAACAAUGACCUGAGUAUGCAAUUCUCUCAUUCAUAUGUAAAAGAUACUAGAUUUUUCAAGGUUAAUAUCUUAGCUUGGGUGUUGUCACACCCCAAAACCAAGAGUAAAACAGACGUCGUACA